AUGGCGGAUCAAGAUGAAGAUGACCUCCGAAUGGCUCUUAGGUUGAGUAUGCAGAACCCUUCGACUCCAGAGCCCAAGCUGCAGAAUUCCCCGCCGGAACCCAAGCGGAGCAAGCCCAGGGACGCUGCUGCUGUAGCCGGAGGAGGGGCCUCGGUCUCGCCGGAUGAUUCGAGGAGACUGCAGAGAGAGCUCAUGGCCGCUGCAGCUGAGAAGCGUAUGCAGGCUGCCAAGAUUGCGUCGCCCUCAAAGUCUGCAACUUCCAGUGCUACUGCUGUUACUGGCAGCAGCGCUGUAAAGACUGCUGAUUCUGCUAUGAAGGAGAAAGACGGGAGCUUGAAGGAGUGUCAUUUAGGCCGGGAAUUGUCGAUGGAGGAGGCGAAUCAAUUGUUCUCUAUGGUGUUUGGCGCCGGCGUUUCCAAGGGCAUUCUUGCUCAGUGGAGCAAUCAGGGCAUAAGGUUUAGCUCUGAUCCAGAAACGUCUAUGGGCCUAGUGCAGCAUGAAGGUGGGCCCUGCGGAGUCUUAGCAACAAUACAAGCAUUCGUUCUCAAAUACAUCCUUUUCUUUCCUCAUGAAGUAGGUAAAGCUGGGCCCAGCAUGCAUCAAAAUCCUGGUUCUGGAAGAUUGUCCAAGACUAGAUAUGUUGCUUCAAACAAUUUCUCACGACUUACUGAAGAUGGAAGAGCAAGAGCCUUGGUCAAAAGUAUGAGUGAAAUAUUGUUCCUAUGUGGAAGUGGUGAUAGGGCUGUGAUUGCCACAUUGAAUAACACAGACAAUGGUAAAGAGAGCUCCUCAAAGGACGAGAUUAUUGCAAAAGCACUUGAAAGCCUUUCUAUUGAAUCAGCCUCUGACUUGCAAAAGGUUCUUAGAGUCGACACAUUCACAAACGAAGCAAGCGCAUUGCAGAGACUUAAGGAGACAAUUCCCAUCUUCCAAUCUCGGAUGGGAGCGCUGCUAUUCCUUAUUUCUGCACUGCUUUCUCGAGGAUUGGACAACGUUCAAUCGGACAGAGACGAUCCCAGUCUCCCACUGGUCACGGCACCUUUUGGUCAUGCCUCGCAGGAAAUAGUCAACUUACUGCUUUGCGGCCAGGCAGUUGCUAACGUGUUUGAUGGCCGGAUGGAUUUGGGUGGUGGAAUGUUUCUGAAAGGUAUAUCAAGUGGCGUGGAAGUUGGGUUUCUCACCCUUUUAGAAUCCCUCAAUUUCUGCAAAGUUGGUCACCAUCUAAAAACCCCAGAGUGGCCCAUAUGGGUUAUUGGCAGCGAGUCCCACUACACAGUUCUAUUUGCUCUUGACACCUCUGUCCAAGACGAGAACGAGCUGGAGCAGAGAGAAUCAGAAAUUCGAAAAGCUUUUGAUGCCCAAGACCAGAGUGGCGGCGGCGGAUUCAUCAGUGUGGAAGGUUUCCAGCAGGUCCUUCAAGAUGCCAGCAUCAGACUACCGACAGAGAAAGUCGACCUUCUCUGCAGCACUGGUUUCAUUGUGUGGAGUGAAUUCUGGCAGGCUGUUCUUGAUCUGGACAAGAGUUUAGGUGGGCUAAAGGAUUCAAGUGGUUCGAUGGGGAAGAAAGUGUUUGACCUUUACCAUUUCAACGGCAUUGCAAAAUCCGACUUGAAUGGUAGCAGCAAUGCAUCAGUUGGAGGUGAGGCACCGGUACAGAGACCUAGGCUUACAAAGCUCAAGGUUUCAGUGCCACCAAGGUGGACUCCGGAGGAGUUCAUGACUGAUGUAGCUAUGUCCUCUGCUUCUGCUUCUGCUUCAUCUGGUAGUGGUGAAUCUAAAGACAUGGAAGUGAACAAGCCCGAGCCUUGCCAGCACGCCCCACUUGUGGACUGCGUCAGAACUAGGUGGGCUCGCGCCAGUUGUAAUUGGGCUGGGGAUCCUCCCAGUAUAGUCUGA